GCUUUGAACUUUCUUCUCCCUUGAGCAUGUUGAUUAUUAUAUGCAGCUUAAUUCCCAUUUUUCUUCAUUCUCAUUAUUGUUAGUAUCACCUUUGAAUUUUUCCCACUUAUCUGAUAAAAUUAAUAUGGCAAAGUUUGUUCUUUUUAAUACUUGUUUUUAGCUCUUUUACAUUACCUAACCUAACUUUAUGACUUAUUUAAGUUUUUUGCAGGAUUUGCUUUGUUUUUGUGAUCGUUGCUUCAUCAUCUUUGUAAAGCUUUGUUUCUUGCUCCAAAUAAAAACAGGGGACCUUGGGAGCAACAUGGUUAUUGCAACAACACUGGGUCAACCUCUUAAAGAAAUUUGCCAGCCAGAAGACUAGUCAUAUUUACGGGAAGAUUUGUGUUUGUUUGACCUCUAAAACUUCUUAGGAUAAAAGUGAAAAACCUCGAUCAUAUCUCUAGUUGGGUCAAAAGAUAUGUCUACAACAUAUGGAAGUCCUAGGCUCUAUGCAUUGAAAGGAGGCAAUAACAACUCUGGUUUGUCUACUCAGCUAUAUGGCUCUGAAAAGCACAAGAUUAAGUACAUGACAGAAACUUUUGACAGUCCGGGUUAUGAUCCAAAGUUCUUCAUCAAUUCUCCUUCCGAAGAGCUAAUCAACCCAUCCACUCAUCCAAGCCAAUUUGACUCUUCGUACCAAACAAAUUAUGAACUGGAGUUCUUCACAAGUCAAAGUCCAGAAGCGUUCGAAUAUGAUGAAGGUAUGGUGAAGCUAAAGCUACAAGAAUUGGAACAUGCCCUCCUCGACGACGAUGAAGAUGGAAUGGAUGAGGUCAUAACUGGUCCUGAUCCCAGCACGGAGAUUGAUGAAGAAUGGGCUGGUCCAUUCAGGAAUAUGAUGGUCCAGGACUCCCCUAAGGAGUCCACUUCUUCAGAAUCUUCCUACUUAAGCAGCAUUAGCAGCAAGGAUGAAUCACUUCCUUCUCCUCGUACUACUAAACAGUUGCUCUUUGAUUGUGCUACUCUGAUUUCAGAGGGAAAUUUCAAGCAAGCUGCAUCAAUGAUCAAUGAGCUUAGACAGAUGGUUUCGAUCCAAGGGGAGCCUUCUCAGAGGAUUGCCGCCUACAUGGUAGAAGGUCUGGCUGCUCGAUUGGAGUCAUCCGGUAAAGUUCUUUAUAAAGCUCUGAGAUGCAAAGAGCCACCUUCUUUUGAAAAGCUUGCAGCGAUGCAAAUACUCUUUGAGGUAUGUCCAUGUUUCAAGUUUGGGUUUAUGGCAGCAAAUGAGGCAAUUAUGGAGGCUAUUAAGUAUGAAAAGAAGGUACACAUUGUUGAUUUUGACAUUAACCAAGGAAACCAAUACAUAAACCUCAUACGAUCCCUCGCUAAGCAACGUGGGAGAUCAAUUCAUUUGAGGUUAACAGGGGUUGAUGAUCCUGAAUCUGUUCAGCGCCCUAUUGGUGGACUAAAAAACAUAGGGCAAAGGCUGGAGAUGUUAUCUGAACUUGAGGGCUUGCCCUUCGAGUUCAAAGCAUUACCAACAAGAACACCACUUGUUACACCAGAAAUGUUAGAUUGCAGAGAAGGGGAAGCCCUUGUCGUAAACUUUGCUUUCCUGCUACACCACUUGCCUGAUGAAAGUGUCUCGACAAUCAAUCUUCGAGACCAACUUCUUCGAAUGGUUAAAAGCUUAAACCCAAAGCUAGUAAACAUUGUUGAGCAAGAUGUGAACACAAACACUACCCCUUUUCUCUCUAGGUUUUAUGAGGCUUACAGUUAUUACUCCGCUGUUUUUGAGUCUCUCGAUGCCACUCUCCCGAGAGGAGGCCAGGAGAGGAUUAAUGUUGAGAAGCAAUGUUUGGCACGUGAUAUUGUGAACAUUGUUGCUUGUGAAGGGGAAGAGAGGAUUGAGCGUUAUGAGGUCGCUGGAAAAUGGAGGGCUAGGAUGCAGAUGGCGGGUUUCAGAUCAUGCCCGAUGAGAAAAAAUGUGAGUGAUAUGAUUCGAGAACUUAUUGUAACACAGUAUUGCAACAAGUACAAGUUGAACGAGGAAAUGGGUGCACUUCAUUUUGGUUGGGAAAACAAAAGUUUGGUUGUUGCAUCAGCUUGGAAUUGAUUGAUUGUUACUAUGACUAUGUUUCAACUUGAGUUCUAAGACUAAGGGGUUGUGUAAUAUAUGACGCUGAUAAUAAAUCUGUAUAUUAAUUUGUAAUCGAUAGAUUUAGUUAAAUGUGGUUCUUGUUUGAGGGAGAAGUUUUUCUUAGUUCAUCGUGAACAUUAAUUAUUUAGGUCGUCCAAUUUGCUGACAAGACACAUAAAUUACAUUUUUCUUUGCCUCUUCUUGCCUCCUAAUUUUUACUUCUUUUCCAGUGUA